AUUUAUUCAUUAACCAAUGAUUACGUCAAUACUUCACGAUUAUGUCAUUUUUAAUCGAUCCGAUAAGAAAAGACCUGAGCGAUGCUUCGCCAAAAUAAAGAAACGAACAAUUGUGACAGAAUGGGUUAUUUGAGAUUUGUUUUCUCAAGUCAAUGAUAAAAUUUGUACCGAAGAACCAUUUGUUGGUAAUAUCUACGAUUUCAAAAAAAAAAGAAAAAAAAAAAAAAAAAAAAAAAAAAAAAAAAAAAAAAAAAAAAAAAAAAAAAAAGAAAAAUUGAAAUGAUCUCCAGAUAUUUCUUUGUUUUUCCUUAUUACAGGAGACCGCAGAACUCACCGGUCACUGACCAGGUAGAGCUUGGCUAUUUUAGAUUUCAUUCCCAGAGUAUGUUGGCAGCCGCCUCUAAAUAGUGACUUUAAACACACAAAAUAAAAUCAAUUCUAGACUCUCGGAGAAUCGUGUUGUCGUUAACUUUUCUUAAAGAGUAGCUUAAAAAUCAAAUUCAACUCACCGACUGAUUAAUAAUUCAAAGAUUCGUUCGAUACAUUGUUCAUAAAUCUUUUACGACAUGAUACAGAAAAAUAAAACAUUCUCCGUACGCAUUUUGUUAUUUUGUUACGAUACGUCAUUAAGUUGAUUACAAAAAGGAUAUUGUGCGAUUGAAUGCUUCGAUAAAAUUUUCCAUUUGAACGUAUCAAUCGUAAUCUUUUCGUCGUCUUUUCGUACGGUGGAAAUAAGAUAUACUUUGGAUGAAAAAAAAGGAAAAAGAAAAAAAAAAAAGAAAAAAAAAAAACGAAAAGAUUCCUUGACGUUGUCGGAAUCGUUAGUUUUAUUCGAAGUAUAUCGAUAAAAUGAAAUUGAAAUAAAAAAGCUGUCAUCAUGGGUUUGUUUAUUUGAAUGAAGAAUACCUUUAUUAGAGGGAUAAAAAAGUUUGAUUGCAAUAAUAACUUGUGAAAUAUCAUACAGCGUACAAAUAAUUCUUAGAUAGAAUGAAUGAUCUCGUUUACGGUCCGCUUUACGUGCGUUCAUUCGAGGUAAUACAUAUGAUCCGACUCUCGGAUUGACGAGAUAUUUUCCUUUUUUCCUCAUUGAAAAACGAUGUGCCGGAGCUCAUCUUGCUUCAACGGAAUGUCAUGACGAAAUUCGAAGGGAUACGAAGGGCAAUACGUCAUGACUUACUGUAACAAGUAUUGUGAGAACGAAACGAGUAGGUUCAUUAGAAAAGAAUAAUUUAGAUAAGAAUUUUUUAGCCAUGGAAAAUUUCUAUACGAUUCUCUGGCCUCAUUUCAUCAAUUACGAUAAUGUUAAUUGCGCUGACUCAUUAUGCUGCGUACUAAAAAAAAGCAUAAAAAGCAAAAGUGAAAAUAUAUAAAAGAGUCGAAUAUUUAUUCGAAUCUUUUUUCGUUUUAAAUCGAGCUAGCGCAUUCACGAAAGUAAUACGACUUGGCGGUUUUUGUUUUUCAGACGAUCCAAGACGAUGAGGAUGACGAAAGAUUGUUUUUCUCUGUCUACUCGUUCACGGGUCUGCACAUCGACCUGUACACUCUCGCUGAUGCCAAGAAACCAAGAAUCGGAAACUCGAGCAGUAGCGAAGGUGCACGAAUAGGAAAGUAAGACGGCCCCCGGAGUUGUACAGUAGUAUUCGGUUCGCAUCAGCUGUGCAUUACUACUUUGGUUCAGUCGCACGGAGGCAUCCGAACGUGUGGUACGUGUUUACGAGCGAACGACGGAUAAUAUCUUUGCGAUAUCCAUGGGUUACCGGUUAUUAUAUUAUUCAUUGAGCAAAUCGUUGGAUUGAGUAUUAACGAAGAUGGAAUUACACAGCAAUCCGGCUGUAAUGUCGACGAAAAAAAAUUCCAUUCAUGGAGAUGAGACAACGUUCAAGGAAUCGCUUGGCAAUGGCGGUACCUAUGGAGCAUUUCAAUCAAAAGAUCCGAUCUUAUCGAUGGAAAAGGGAGGAGAAAUGAAAGGUGGAGUCGACGAGCAUGGAAUGACCGUAGAUCAUCCAACUUCGUAUAUUGAGACCAUGAUGCACCUGUUCAAGGGUAACGUCGGUUCCGGUAUUUUCGCAUUAGGCGACGCCUUUAAGCAUGCCGGAUUGUUACUGGCACCACCCUUAACCAUCUUCCUCGGCAUUAUUUGCGUCCACGCCCAACACAUUCUCAUACAAUGUAACGAAGAGGUAAAACGUCGUGUAGGUGAUCCGAGUAUUCAGUCUGGUUUUGCCGGUACCGUUGAAUUAUGUUUCGCUACGGGACCAUUAGCGCUUCGUAAAUAUUCAGUUUUCAUGAGUAUUUUACCCAUCAUUUUACAUCGCACCCUUGCAUCGAUUUGUUACAGAAAAAUGGUUAAUUUAUUUUUAUGCGUAACGCAACUCGGAUUCUGCUGCGUGUAUUUCGUUUUUAUUUCGACAAAUAUGCAACAGGUGCUAAACGCCCACAACCUCAAAUUGAGCGUUCAUCAACACAUGGCGAUCGUCUUGAUACCCAUCAUACUCAGCACGUGGAUAAGAAAUUUGAAAUAUUUGGUACCUGUAACGUCAGUCGCGAAUUUCUUGGUAAUGGGUGGCUAUAUAGCGACGGUCUAUAUUAUGAGUCACGACAUACCGGCGAUUUCUGAGAGGCGGUACGUCGCCGAUUGGCACGAGUUACCUCUCUUCUUCGGCACCGUUAUAUAUUCUUUCGAGGGUAUCACUUUGGUGCUGCCAUUAAAGAACGAGAUGAAGAAGCCAAGCAACUUCAACAAACCAUUCGGAGUAUUGAACGUAGGUAUGGUUAUCGUGGGUGCCAUGUUCGUAGUGAUGGGUUUCUUAUCCUAUUUAAAGUACGGUGACGAUGUACGAGGCUCGGUCACUCUGAAUCUCGAAUUAACAGAGGUAGUGGACGAGAAAAAGAUCUACUCGCAGGCAAGCUUACCUCAAUGCAUCAAGCUGGCUAUUUCGUUGAGCAUAUUGUUGACCUAUGCUCUGCAAUUCUACGUACCUAUCGCCAUUAUAUGGCCCGGAAUCGUUGAGCAAUUCGGUCCCUUUAAAUGGCCAGUACUCUCGGAGAUAGUCUUCCGGUCUGCUUUGUGUUUUCUUACGUUUGUUUUGGCGGAAGCUAUACCAGAGCUGGGUCUCUUCAUUUCUUUGGUCGGUGCAGUAAGUAGCACGGCGCUGGCCCUUCUCUUUCCACCCAUCAUCGAGUUGGUAGUAUGUUGGCAAAAUGCCAACUUAAGUCCCUUUAUGGUUAUUAAGGACGUGACGAUCGUGCUGAUCGGUUUACUGGGCUUCGCUACGGGAACCUACGAGAGCAUUACGUCGAUCAUCAAAGCAUUCGAUAAAUAGACAUUCAACAUUGUACAAAGUCCCAUUUGUUGUUUACAUUUUUAUUAGAUUAUUUUAAAAAUGGACGCGCGCGUGAGGUUAACGGACCAUGACAUCCACGCAGGACACGAGUAGAUGUAAUGGACAGCGACGCUUGUCACGAUACAGAAUCGUUAUCACCAUUAUUAUUAUUAUAUUUAUAUAUAUAUAUAUACAUAUACAUAUACAUAUAUAUAUAUAUAUAUAAAUAUGUAUUAUAGUUAUAGUAGUAACUAAUUUACGUUGGAAGGAUGGCCAAUGACAAUUGUACAGAAUUUGUAUGCAUCGAAUGGAAAUUUUCUCUUUAAUUUCCGUUUUAAUUUCGAAUCAAUUAUGACAAUACAUUAAACUUUCUUGAUUAAUCAGAUUAAUUAAUCGGAUAAGCGAUAUAAUUAAUAAACGAAUAUAAAUGAUUAUUCUCGGAUGUUCCUUAAAAGAAUAACGAAAGGCCGGUCCCUCCAAUGUUAUACGCAACUAUCAUAGGUCUAUCAAAGUUUAGUCCCUUUAUGUUGCUUGUGAUAUUGAAAACGAUGCGAAAGCAGCGUUUCAAUCGUAGAUCGAUUAAACAUACAUACGUACAUAAAUAAUAUUUAAGGAAGAGAAAAAAAUAAAAAGAAGAAAACGACUGUCUUUGCAAUUAUCGUGAUACAUAUAUAUAUAUAUAUAUAGUUAGUUUAUAUUGCCCGUCCUAAGGAUUUUACCCUCUCGCGAUUAAUUCUAUGUACAUAUACAUAUAUAUAUAUAUAUACAUAUCGAUAUCGUAUCUGGUUCAAAAAAAUUGGAUCUGCAUUAAUAGUAUUGCGUACGAUAGCCGAAGAAAUUUUUCUUUGCUAGAUCAUAAAAAAGGAACGCCCCUUUGCGAAUGUUUAGAGUACAACUUUAUAUUAAUUCUAAUUAUAUUCCAUUGCAUAUCAAUCAGUUUAUAAUUCUUUACGUUUUUUUUUUUUUUUUUCAUUAUUAAUUUGACACGUGCUUGAAAAGUGACUAUUAAAAUUUUGUAUCAUUUAAAAUCUGACAAAAGUCAAAUGACAUUGCCAAUCUUUCACUAUGCAAUGGCUAAGAAUUAUAUCCUUUAUUCCACGUUUGAAUAACGACAAAGUGUACUAUUACUUUUCUUUCUUCUUCUUCUUUUUCUUUUUAAACUAUUCGCGAAAUUAUUAAUUUCGUUUUUCGAAAGAUUUUUAUCAUGCACGAGAUAAGCCAAAAGAAUUCGAUCAAUGCCAAUCUUUAUGCAUAACUUAAAAUCCAUUGACUCGAUUGUCGAUGUUUAUUAUUAUUUCAUUUAUCUUCCAUCGGUUUCCUUACUUCUUGUAACUUUUAAAAGGAUAUAUUUAUAAAUAGAAGAAAAAACAAAAUGAAACAAAACAAAGUGUAAGAAAAGAGACCGACCGUUUUUUUCCUUUUACGUAGGUUAUAAAAUAAAAUUAUAAUGUUAUUCUUUUUA